AUGAUCAUUGUAUCCAUUGAUUUAAAAGAUGGCUUGUUACACAGUGAAGUAGUUGUUUUUGGUUUUGGUUUUGAGGAGUUCCCAUUUCUGGAUCCUGCACUGUAGAAGCAGAAAGUCAAUAUGAAGAAAGUGCAGAAAUCAAAGAAAAAGGGGGAAUGGAAGGAAGAGAAGAAGCAGAAACCCAUGGAAAUGUGGAAACAUGCAAAGCAGAUGGAUUCCAAGGACCCAGCCCCGCUGAAGCAGUGCCUGGGAUCUGGCUGUGUGAAUCCCACUCGGCCAGGUUCCAAGUAUUGUUCAGACUACUGUGGCAUGAAGCUGGCAGCUAAACGCAUCUGUGAGAUCCUGCCCCAGCGCAUACAUCAGUGGCAGAAGAGCCCUCACGUUGCUGAAGAGCAUAGCAAGAAAAUGCUCGAGAGAAUCCUCCGUGAGCAGCAGGAUGCUCGCACUUACCUAAAGAAGAUGGAGCAUCAGUUCCAUGAACUUGAGGAUAUCAUUAUGCGUGGCAAGCAGCAGACUGUAUGCAAUGAUGAGGAGGUGAGUGGGAAUAGAUUUAUGGACAAAGCCCGCCAGGAGAUCUUCUGUGUCUCCUGUGGGGAAUCUGUCCGUAUAAAGGUCGCCCUGCGCCACAUGGAGCACUGCUUUGCCAAGUAUGAGUGCAAAUCGUCCUUUGGGUCCUUGUACCCCACUUGCAUUGAAGGGGCCACAAGGCUCUUCUGUGACUUUUAUGACCCAAAGAGUAAGAGGUACUGUAAGCGGCUCCAGGUGCUGUGCCCUGAGCACUCAAAGGACCACAAGGUACCAGAUGAUGAGGUGUGUGGUUGCCCACUAGUGCGCAAUGUCUUUGAAUUCACUGGUGAUUUCUGUCGCCUCCCCAAACGCCUGUGCAACCACCACUACUGCUGGGAAAAGCUGAGGCGUGCUGAGGUGGACCUAGAGCGCAUACGAGCGCUGUACAAGCUGGAAAUGCUGAGUGAGCAGGAGGGCAAGGUACGCACAGCUAUGAAGAACCGGGCAGGUCUGUUGUCCCUGAUGCUUCACCAGACAAUCCAGCAUGACCCACUCACCACUGACCUGCGCUCCAGAAUAAAUGACUGA